CCUUCCUUACAAAACAGUGGUGUUGAUUGAAAUGAAAUGUUGUAAAAGUUGUGUUUUGGUGCAAAUUAUGCAAUUAAAUCGCGACAGUUGUGCGUGAUAGAAUUAUAACUUUCCUUCAUCAAAAAUGUCUCACGAAAAAGAGCUAUUUAUUUCGGUACCUCGUUCUUGUAUUGGUGAUUUUUACAGCAAAUAUCUUAAUUUGGUAGAAACUUUUUACUGUGUCACAUUAUGUGAGGCUCCAAGCAUCGUAAAAGAUAGACCUGAAUACGUGUUCUUCAAAGUCAUAUUUAACUUGAAUCCAGCUGACGGAAGCUUUAACCCACGCGAAUUAAUUGGACGUAUACAGAAAUAUGUGGAGUCAUCACUGGGCUGGGCAGGCGAACGUGGGGAAGACUCGAGUUACGAUUCGGAGUGUGAAGACGAGAGCGCGCACCGCGCCGCCUCCCGCACGCCGUCCGACACUCUAGCGGCGGAGUUCGCUGAAUAUGUGACGCUUGCGCCGUUGCCGCAGCCAAACCAGGCGAAGAUCGAGUUUGCUGUGAAGUUGGGUUAUUCUGAACGACUAGCAAGGAUAGCUUUACAAAGGCUGGGACCUGAUCCCCCCAGGAAUGAAUUAUUGGCGGAGCUCAUCAAACUGGCCGCUAAGCAGCCGCCAAGAACACUUUCUCCGCCGCCACCAACUGACCCUGACCCACCGCCCGAUAGGGAACAACUUCGCCAAAUCGUCAUAGAUGGCAGCAAUGUCGCGAUGAGCCAUGGCAACAAAGAGGUGUUUUCGUGCCGAGGAAUAGAAAUUUGCGUUGACUGGUUCCGGGCCCGCGGGCAUAAAGACAUCAUAGUUUUUGUACCAAAAUGGCGCAAGGAGGCCUCACGACCAGACAACCCGGUCGCCGACCGAGACGCGCUCGAGAGACUCGAACGAGACAGAGUAUUAGUAUACACUCCGAGUCGCCUCGUCGGGGGCAAGAGGCUGGUUUGCUACGACGACAGGUACAUCCUCCGACUCGCCGCCGACACUGACGGUAUUGUCGUGUCCAACGAUAACUACAGAGACCUCGCAGCCGAGAAUCCGGAAUUCCGCAAAGUGGUCGAGGAACGACUCCUCAUGUAUUCCUUCGUCAACGAUAGAUUCAUGCCGCCCGACGACCCACUGGGACGAUCGGGGCCAACACUCGACGCAUUUUUACGCGCACCACCGUCUCGCGCCGAUCCUCCCCCGGCGUGCCCCUACGGACGGAAAUGUACGUACGGCAACAAAUGCAAGUUCCACCAUCCCGAGCGCGCCGGGCGCCCGCACAAGUCCGUGGCCGAGAAGUUGUCCGAAAGGGCGGCGCGGGCGCUGAGGGCUCGCGAUUUGCACACCGUCAGUUUGCCGCCGGGCGGACGUCCGGCGGACUCCAAGCGGCCGCUGGCGCGGGCGCACUCGGCCGCGCCGCGCCUGGCCGACGCCGCGCUCGCCACCCACUUCGAGCGCGCGCAGCUGCAGCUGCCCGGGCCGUCGCAGCCGCCGCCGGACGCCAACCCGCACCGCAAGCUGGCGCGCCAGCUGACGCUGAACCCGGCCAGCGACCCGCGGCUGCCGCACGCGGCGGCGGCGCGCGUGGCGUCGGCGCCGGCGGGGGCGGCGGGCGCGGCGCUCGCGCAGCUGUCCCCGUGCGCGUCCGAGGGCGCGCUGCAGCACUGGGACGCGCGCCGCCGCAUGCAUUUCCACCUCGCCGGCAUAUUCCCCGAAGCUCAAGUCGCGGAAGCGAUGGCGGCCUACCCUGAGGAGACGGACGCCCAAACCAUGUGCGCGAUAAUUCUUGCGAGAUACAGGCCGAGCGAGGCGAGGCUGCCCCGCCAACCGCCGCACUGAUAAUUGUGACAGAUGAUCGAAACUUUUGACUAUAGCUCCGAGAGAAUAUUGCGUUGACGUUUGAAUUAUUUCGAUUUUGAACUGAAAUCGAAUCGACAUUUGAAUAGAUGAACGACGUAACGGAACAUUUGGUGCUCAUCGAAUGUCGGGUGUUUACAACUAAUAUGGAUGCAUAUUGUCGAUAUACAUCAAUUUAGAUAUGAGCAAAUGUGCCUAAGGUUUAAGAAAAUCGAAAAUAGUGCCAAUCACGCCAAUCCGUCACAUUACCGUGUUAAUAAACAAAUAUACUUUUGAUUUCUAUUGUGCACUUCCAAGAAGUGUCAUGAUAAUUUUAUUGAAGUUUUAACUGUUAUGUCAUCUUAGCAUAAGAAUUGUACAAAUUAACUAAAAUCUAACAUAUUCUAUGUAAAACGGGGUUACUUAAACUUUAAGGAUAACUUUGACUGCAGCCCUACUACUUUAUCAGAGUUCUGAAAUAUAUUUAAAACAGUGCCAAACAAAGUUGCAUUAUGUACUAUGUUUGGCUCCACAUGCAUUUAAACCGUAUUGUGGCGCACGGUUAAUAUAGUAGGGCUAUGGCUAAAGUGACCCUAAAGCUAAAGUUAAAGUAACUCUGUUUUAGCCUAUUGUCUCUAUGUUAAAUUUAUUAAUAUUAUCCUUCUCAGGUUUGUUUAUACACCGUUAAUGUAUAUCGGGUAUAUAUAUUUCAUUAAAUUCCACCAGUGAUUCAUUUAUAUUGUUCACUUAUCCAUCACUAAAUUGCGUUACAUUAAAUUUAAUUCUAAACUAAUGUACUAAUUUUUUGUAAAUAAUUUAAGCUUGUGUGAGAUUUAUAUGGUCUGUGUGAGAUACAAUAUGUAUUUAAUUGGUACUAUGUACCAUUUUAUAUUUAGUCAAAGCUUUCUGGCUUUAUCAAGAAUGUUCUUAUUGCUUAUGUUGAGGUUUGGCCACUAUUAUUUAUCAAAAUUUUUUUUCUAGAUCAUAUAUGUAAAGACGCCGCGACAAACUUCAUGAGUAUGAAUUAAACAUGAAAGCAUUUAAAUGUAGGUGUAUGUCUAAUUUUGACAAAUCAAGUGUAUGGCAGUUUUAAUGGAACUGUGAAAGAAUCCUGACCAAAAUCAAUGGGACUAGGAAAAUGGAUAAGUGUUCCAUAUAGAAAAUACUCCAUAUUGAAGCAAAAAGCAGCAGGUUAUGGUGUCCCAUCAUCAAAAAUUUACUAUAAAUUUCUGAUUGCUAUGAAUUAUAUAAUUUGGAUUAGAUAUAAUGCCAUUAUUAUCAUAAUCUCUCUCUAAUAGUUCAGUAAACAUCCACAUCGUAUGACAUUCAAUUUAAAAAAUAUAUGAAUCAGUUUUACAAAUGGCCAAUCCUUUUCAGUGUCAACUAUAACAAUGGCAAGAAAUAAUAUUGACUUAAGACAUCUUGAUUAUGAGUGUAAUAUAGACACUUAUUGUUUGAUUUUUAUUAAAUUGAACUGGUUAAAAAUUAAUGCAAUGCAUCAAUUGAAAUGUAAGAUACAUUAUAUCUACUAGUAUGCUAUACUUAAUAAUAAACUGUGUAUGGCAUUAUUAAUUUAGCAUAAUUAUCAAUCAAGUUUUACCAAUGCUUACAAAUUACAACUGAAUAUUAUAAGUGUUCAAGAAUUAUAAUUUGGUAAAAUUUGAUUACAAUGGUCAGAAGUUUUUUGAGAUACAUACAUAACUUGACAUCCCAGCUGACUGGGCUCCUUUGUAAGACCCUUUGAUACACCUUGACCAAUUGGUUAUAUUUUCAUGUAUCUCAAAGUACAACUGACUCCUAAUUAUUGCAUUCCUUGUGGAAUGAAUAAAAUGAUACAUGUCUUUUUUGACAUUUUAGAUAUUAAUUUUAGAUAAAAUAAAACAUCUUUAUCCUCGAA